AUGUCUGAGUCGCUAGGUCUGCUCCUCGAGAAGUAUUCGCCUGAAAAGAUUGCAGAGGUCGUCGAUGUCGUGAUGAAGAGGCAUCCUGCUACCUCUCAGAGAGUUGCCGUUGCUUCGACUACCACUACUUGUGUCCUCACAGUCACCGAGCGCAAGAAGCGUGCAAAGGACCCAUCGUUCCAGCAGAAGGACAUCUCUGGCUUCUUGACUCGCAUGUGGCAGAACGACCCCUUCAAGGCCAAGUGGAGCAUCCUCGCUAAGGCUUACUCAAUCAUCCGCGAGAUCAACACCAAGAAUGCUGCGCCUCUCGAAAAGUUCCUGGCGCUCACCUGCCCUUUGAUCGGCGUCAUUCCCAGAGACGACUACCUCGGCGUCAUGGGCUGGAGCAUCGUUGACACCGCUGGAGUCAAGGACAUGGAGCGCAUGUACACUCCUGACAUCUCUUCGUUCCCCGAGAACAUCCUGACCACCAACUUGUCCUCCGAGGAGAUUGUCGCUCACUGCCAGCGUGUCAGCUACGUUGAUCACAAUGACAACGACGUCGCUCGCAACCAGGGCUCGACUGCUGCAAUCGCUUUUGCUGCUCAGCCCAUGUCCGAGUCGGCUCCUGAGGAAAUUGUCGCUCGCAGCCAUCACGUCAGCCGCGUCCAGCAGAACAACAACAUGGCUCGCAACUUGAGCUCGGCUACCACCUUCGCCAGCAUGGCUGUUCAACCCAUGCCCAACGACACAUCAUCAUCUCCUCCUGUGUUCGCCUUCUUCGACGCUGAGUCGCCUUACCAGCAGAACCAGCAGAACGACCAUGACUUGUUCGUCGGUGGUACCACCAUCCAGGGCGCUCUGAACCAGAACAACAACAAUGCCGUGGGCGCCAGUGGUCCUGUCAGACAAGCCGUUCACGACCUCUCGAACCAGCAGUAUCCCUUCAUGGACGAGUUCGACCCCUUCCAGUCCGGCUCGCUUGACUUCGAUCCCUUCAGCAUGAACCAGGACGCCGCCUUCGCCAGUAACAGCAUCGGCACCUACCUUGCUCCCAGCAGCAACGACUUCCCCGAGACCUUCAACAUUGACGACCUGUUGAGCAGCGAGCUUUUCGACAUGACCCAGUAA